AAGAUGUUGAAGUAAAGGAUUUGUUCACGGACGAUGAAUGGAAUGAAAUGAUCGAGGAUUACGUGAAUAACGUUAAUUUAAGCGAUUUGGACGUCAAACAGGAGGAACCUAUCUAUGAAAUAAUGGACAAGAUAACAGAGAAAUUGAAGAAGGAACCAUCCGAUUUAAUAACUGAAAUUGAAAAUUGUGUAAUUGAAGAUAAUACGAAAGUAAAUGCAAUUCGGCGCCUGAUUCAGACAUACGCCUACAAUCUACAACGCUUACGCUUGCCAAUGUCCGAAACUGCAUUUGGUAGCGGUUUCACAAGUAUGAUGACCAAAGGGGUACUUACCUUUGACAAUAUUUAUCACUACGAAGAAGGAGAGAUUCAAUCUCUCGCCUCAUCAGUAAUUUCCAACAUGAAAACUAAACCUACCGAUAGAAGCUUGAUCGGACAGAAG